AUGCAAGAACCUACGUGCGCAGAGACCGUGGACUCCUCGACAACAAGCCACUCUCGCGGCCACCAUCAGCGAGCACCCUCUCUAGUCCCGAGUGCCGGCGAAGGGCUCUUAAACGGUAGUCUCGCGCUCCCACCGCCGUCUACCUCUCUCUCCUCCUCGUCUGUGGUGGGAGACGAAGGGCGCGGCAGUCUGCUGGGGAGUACCAGCACGGACAGCCUCGUGGGGGGAUUCCUCCACUCACCCAUGGAGAACUGUGCCAACAUCAGUGGAAGCUCUUCCUCGUCCUUCCUCUUCAGCAGCCUUAUAACUCCCAGACGAAAACUGUCGAUGGAUCUCGACGAAAGUACACAGGAUGCCUCAGAUUCUGGCUACAGCAAAGGAGACAGUGUUUCAGUGAGCUCUGUGGAGUCUUGUCUCGACUUUACCUCUGCCCUGGAGGGAGUCUUCUCCAAACCCCACUCCUCCUCCAUCACCACUAGGACUCCACUUGGCAACAUCACCAAUGCUGCAGGCAGCAAGAGAGGAAGACAGAGAUACUCACAGAAAGCCAAAAGAAGCAUAUCUUUUCCAAACGAAGAUAAGAGCAAGAGAGUGCUCCCGUUACAUUUGGACAGUCCGUCCCCCUCUCCCCUCCCCUACUCCCCACUCUCCCACCACGACUCUGCCACCAACAGCUCUCGCAAGAACAGCCUCCAACUGAUCAACUCUCCUCUGGAACGAAUGACUCUCAUGUCUCCAGGAGUGUCUUCUUCUAGUGGCUCGGCAGAGCGGCCGCAGUCGGCCAGUCGCCGCGGACCUCGCCCAUUUAUCUUCCCGUCUUGCCACGCCCGGGAAAACAGCAUCGAGAGCGACGGCUACUCCGAGGAAGUAUUUGACGGAGAGGAGUCCUCUGCCGAAACCGGCUCUCUUCCCAGUAGACUCACUGCUCUUAUGAGUGCUCCUUUCACCUCCAGUGCCUCAGAUAAAGACGCUCACUUCUGCCUGCGCAAGCCCCCGGUCCACUCAACCCCAAACGUCCUGCCUGCUAGAUCAAACACGGCGGCUCCCGUGUCGGGAAGGUUUACGAUCGUGCGAGCCGACAGCUGUACUUUACCCACGAGGAGAGGAUCACUGAAGAGAGCCAGCCCCUGCCCCGAGGCCUCAGACCAGCCGAGGAAGAAGAAACCUCCUCUGCCGGUGCUGGACUCCAAGUCACAGGACGGCAUCCCUAACCACUGCUCUCCUCUCAAGGGUGUUCAGCUGCUGAGGUCCCAAUCGUGUUCCCUCGGUGCUACUGGGGACCACGUUGGCAUGUACCCUCUGUCUCCAGGAAGUGAUAAUGGAGAAAUGAUUGGAGAUCACUCUAAGACGUAUACACUGCCGCUGUGCAAGAAGGCUUCAGUCGCUGAUCUAAAGUGCAUCAGCCCAAAGACUUUGGCAGAGCUGGUGAGGGGUGACGGGGAGAGUGCAGAUCUGGUGGACGAGUACUUCAUCCUGGACUGCCGGUACCCCUACGAGUACGAGGGAGGUCACAUUCCAGGAGCUCUGAACAUCUGGAGCAGAGACUCUCUCUUGGAGCAGUUCUUCUCGAGCCCCAAGUACACGUCGAGCUCCCGACGGAGGAUCAUCAUAUUUCCACUGCGAGUUUUCCAGCCAGAGAGCCCCCAACAUGUAUGCCUCUCUCUCUCUCUCUCUCGUUCAUUUUCAUGCCUCCACCUGUCACCAAUUCUAUCUUGCUUCAGGUCACGUUUUAUGAGAGAGCUUGACAGAAAGAAGAACGGCAUGGCGUUCCCAAAGCUCUACUAUCCAGAACUUUACCUUCUCGACGGAGGCUACAAGGCCUUCUACGAACAAUUUCCGGAAUUCUGUGAGCCCAACUGCUAUGUGAAGAUGCUGGAUGAAAACCACAAGGAGGAGCUGAGGCAUUUCAAGCAGCGCUCCAAGUCUUGGACCGGUGGGGACGCCGCCACCUGCAAGAGGAGAUGCAGCAAGUUGAGACCUCGACGGAGCACCAUUGGCAAUGGCCACACCCACCCAGCUCCACCCCCUCCAAUCAAAUCCUAACUCCGACAUAAUACAAUGCGCAUCUUGUUUGUUUGUUUGUUUAUCAUUGUUGUUUUUUCACCAUUGUUUGGAUGAGAGAAAUGUUUUGUUUGUAUGUUGUAUGAUAUAAUAAUAGGUACGAUUUGGACACCAGUUGGAAAUCUUUGUUGUUCCAUUGAUUUGACAUAUUUUGUCAAUGUAUCACCAUUUUGCUUCUUUGUCAAAUGACUUUUUAUUUUUGUUUUGCAAUCACUACUGACUUCUUGUGCUAUUAUAAUAAUAAUGUUAUGACCAUAUUAGACUAAUGGUGUCUGCUGGUUUAAAAAACGAG